AUGUCUAAACAAGAAUAUCAGGCUCCUACGGGUGCGCCCCCGAGCUGGAACCAAGCAAAUCUGACUUCUGGUGGCGGAUAUGUGCCCCAACAACAACCAGCUUACACACCAAACGACCAAGACCGAGGGUUCGGGGGUUUUGGAGGUCAUCAUCAACAAGGGUAUGGAGGCGGAUAUCAACAGGGAGGGUAUCCACCACAAGGAGGAUACGGAGGCGGAUACCAACAAGGUGGUUAUCCUCCACAGGGACAAGGAUAUUACCAACAACAGCAGCCAAUGUAUGUUCAACAACAACAGCGAGGAGGAGGAUCAGAAGGAUGUUUGAUGGCAUGUUUGGGAGCGUUGUGUAUCUGUUGUACUUUGGACAUGUUAUUCUAG